AUGGACCAAAUUUGGGAUGUUAUCAUUGCUGGAGCUGGCCCAGUAGGGCUUUUUCUCGCAUGUGAAUUGGCCACAGCUGGCGUGUCGGUACUUGUACUGGAACGAGAGACUCAGCUGGCGUCGCCUUGGAAGGAGGGAUUAUUUGGUCGUCGCGGCCUAUAUAUCCCUUCAGUCGAGGCAUUCUAUCGUCGUGGUAUGUUAAAGGAGAUCUUCGGUGAGGACGAUCGCCCGACGAAUUUCCAGAAGACCGAAAGCUUUCAGUUUGGGGGACACUUUGGUGGCUUGGUACUUAAUGCCAACAAUAUCAAUUUUUCACGAUGGCCAUAUCAUUUACCAGGACCGUCCUUUCUUCCUGGUCCGACCUCUCUUGGGCGUCUCGAUGCGGUGUUGUCAAAACGCGCGGAGACUCUUGGUGUACAGAUUCUUAGAGGCAUGGAGGUCUCUCGACUCAUUAAUGAAGGUGAAUCAGUACAGAUAUGGACCGGCGACCAGUGUUUUACGGCGCAAUGGCUCGUCGGAUGCGAUGGUGGACGCAGCACCGUUCGCAAAGCUGCUGGAUUCGAGUUUGUCGGGACAGAAGCGCAGUUCACUGGUUAUAUUGCGAUGUGCGAUCUCGACAGACCAGAGUUAUUGAAGCCAGGAUUUACGCACACAAACAUGGGGAUGUAUAUAGUUAGUGGGCCUGGACAGCUGCAUGUUAUCGAUUUUGAUAGGGGCUUUGACCGGUCACAAACUAUCACGCGGGAAAACUUCCAAGAAGUAUUACGACGAGUGUCAGGCACAAAUAUCGUUGUCGAAGCGCUUCACUUGGCCUCAUCAUUCACCGAUCGCUCGAAGCAAGCAACAAAGUACCGUAAAGGACGUAUCGUCUUGGCUGGCGACAGUGCCCACAUCCACUCUCCACUGGGCGCGCAAGGAUUGAGUACGGGGAUUGGUGAUGCGAUGAAUCUCGGCUGGAAACUUGCAGCUACUAUCAAGGGGGUUGCAUCCCCUGGCCUAUUAGACACUUACCACCAAGAGCGGCAUCCAGAGGCAGCACGAGUGCUGGGGUGGACUCGCGCUCAAGUCGCGACAUUACGCCCUGAUCCGUAUGGCCAGGCCAUUGCGAAUCUCAUGCGGGACAUGGUAAAUACACAAGAAGGUGCCACUUACUUCGCCGAUCGCAUCUGGGGGCUUUCACUGCGCUAUGACCUGGGUGAUGCACAUCCACUUGUCGGCUGUAGCGCUCCGGAUUUUGAAUUCGAUGAUGGGCUGCGACUCGGAGCUAAAUUAGAAAACGGACCCUUCUUGGUUAUUGACUUUGAGAGCAAUCGUCAGGUGGCAGAGUUUGUGCAAUCAUUGCAGUCCCUGCAGCUCAUGGUUCACUACUGUGGAAACAGUGCAAAGGAGACAUUCGGGCUGAAGGGUUUACUGUUGCGACCUGAUGGUGUCGUGGCAUGGGUGUCGACGAACGAGGUUGACAUAAGAAGCUUGCAAGCUGCAUUGUCCCGUUGGAUAAGUCUCGCCAGACUCGAGCCCUGA